UUUUCCUCAUUUACUCUCUCUCAUACACACACACACUUUCUCUCUCUAUAUCUCUCUAUCUCUAUAUCUCUAACCGUGUGUUUGUUGCGACUAUAUAGUAUUCACCUACUCUUUCCGAUCAACGACUUCUUAAAACUUCAUCAAUUUGGAUGCAUUUCGAGAGAAUUAAAGCAUUUACAGGACACGAGAUGAGGACAGUUAAUGCGGAACUAUAGUGGUCAAGUGCAAAACAACAAUGGCUGUUACGGGAAUAAACAACGUUUCAGUGCUCGAAUCUUCGUAUUUCGGUGACAACUAUUCUCCAGCAUCAAGGAGAUUCGGUAGUCAAGAGAAACCAAUCACGCGUACAUCUUUUAUCCGGAAACUGUGGCGGGAUCUUGAAGACGGGACCAAAGUUAGAGACACUCAAAGAAGACAAACGAGUGCGUUGGUUAAUGGUAAUACUGGAAGCCGUUGCUCAUGUUCUUCAGAAGAUGCGGAAAGUGAAGAUCUAUCGAUAAAUAGUAGUGAAGUUGAGAACGAGUGUCCUUUCGAUCAGAACCAAAUGGGGAUUGUCAAUGAACAAGAGGAUAAUAUUAAUCAGAACUUGUGCUUACAACAAUCUCCUGCUAUCGGUUCGGCGGAUAAAGAGCGUGUGAGGCAAGUUUUUCGUGAGUGGGGAAGUAAGAAUAAUAGCGGGCGAACAUUGAUUUGUGACAAUGAGUCCAAGAGGGUGAGGACGGUGAGACAAUGGUUGGAGUCAAGCACUCAACAAGCGGAAACUAGUGUCAGGUCACGAAGGACUAUUCGUUUGCGAUACGGUAGGCAUGCUCUUCUUGACUUGCUAACAAGGUUUGAAAUGGAAAGGAAAAAAGAGAUGCAGAGUUUGCUUGAAAGUCGACCCGUAUCAACUUUUGCGCAUCGGAAACGGAUUCAGGUAUUGCUCAAAGGUAGAUUUCUGUGGAACCAAAGAUUUGUACACGAUGAGAAGUCUACGUCUACUGCCGCAAGCGAGUUGGGAUUAUUGAGGCAAACACAAACCGUCUCUGAUUUGAGGAAAGGGUUCCUUUCCAGAGUGAAUAGCCAUGAACAACCUCAUGACAGGCCCCAAUCCGAUAAUUCAUCGGAAAAUGGCACAAAAUAUGAAGAAAAUCAUGAAGAUAUCGUCAAUGACUCGGAUACGUCGUCUGAGAAUGAACUGACAUAUCAAGAAAAUCAGCCACUAAAUAAUAUUGUUAACGAUAAUGAAUCCGAGCGACAACAACCACCACCCCUGCCAACCGAGGUUUUCGAAACCGAAAGGAACCAUGGUGCACAUCAAAUCGAACCGUCUCAAGAAGCUUUUGAGCUUAAAAGUCAGUAUGAGUCGGAUGAGGAUGAAGUAGAAGUUGACGAGACGUUUGACCAUCGAAAUCCAUCAGAAACCGAAACAGAUAUAUUGUCUUGGCAAGAAGAAAUUGUAGAAGUGGAAGAGGAAGACGAUUUGACUAUAACCGAGUCAAUCCAAAGUUUAAAUGCGAAUUCAGUUCAGAACCAAGAUGAUUGGAUGUACCAAGAAACGGUGCGUGACGGGUGGUAUGAUAAUCGUCCAGUGGUCACAACCAAUGCGUUCUAUACGCCUGAUGAUGGCGAUGAUAAUAAUACCAGAGUUGAACUUCAACGGCUUAUGAGCAGGAGACAAGUCUCGAAUCUUCUUCAAAGUGAUUUCCGUGGGAGACUCGACCGGCUGAUACAAUCCUACCUGGCACGCCAAGAUCAAGCUGCGGAAUCAGACGAUGACUGGAUGCUAGAAAUGGAGCACCAAGAUCCGUAUCAGCAAAGCGUAGACGAAAAUGAACACGAAAAUGAUGAAGCGGCUGAGAGUACCGAUCCUGCUAACACCUGGCAACAACACCCUGAAAUCGACCAGCACCCUGUAACUGAACUAGAGAUCAUCAAUGAUUUACGCAUGGAUAUGGUUAUGCUUCAAGAACGAAUGAAUAGCAUGCAGAGCACUCUCGAGGCUUGCAUGAGGAUGCAACUCGAGUUGCAACGGUCAGUGCAACAAGAAGUUUCAUCGGCCCUAAAUCGAUCAUCUGUUUCUGGUGAAGAAAGCUUGCAAUCUUGCUUCCUAUGCUGUGACAAUGGGUCUGAUUCUGAUUCUUCACCUAAUAGGCGCGGACAUGUGUUCGUAUGCUCAAACUGUGCAGAGAAGAUAAACUGGUCAAAAAUAAAAGAAAGUGUCGGGCACCCUUAAGCUGAGGUGGACACACAGAACAACAACACAUACUCUUACUAAUACAAUUUUAAGUUUUUUAACACCGGAUAAAGGAUAUUUAGCAGUUGGAAUGACAACGAGGCAGACAGAUGGCGAGUUCUUACUGGAUCGUUUACUCUUAUUUAUGAAGUUGACAAAUCGUGUUAAGGUUAAAUGUGGUGAUUGAAAGAAGAUGCCCAGCCUUUGUUGAAUGGCAAACUGCUUAUAUGUUUUUAAUGUUAUGAUGAGUAGACUUCACCAGGCCUUAAACGCGUUUGUCCAGACGGUUAGUCGGUUAUAUGAUGACUUGUAACUCGCUCAUAGAAAGUUGUGCUUUGAUGGACAACUUGAAACGAUUACCAGCUUUGUUCGGAAACAUUCUACUUUACUACUUUAUAUCUAAUAACAAAAUGACAUGAGUUUUAAAUGGACCUAA